AUGGAGCGGCUUGUCAUUGUCACCGGCGCAAACAGUGGCAUUGGUCUGGCGCUGUGUGAGAGACUGCUCACAGAAGACACUGGAGUUCACCUGUGUCUGGCCUGUAGAAACAUGCAGAGAGCUGAGGCGGCCCGCUCUGCCCUCCAAGCCUCUCACCCAGGAGCCCACGUGGACCUCUUGCAGCUGGACGUAGGCUCUGUCCAGUCUGUGCUCACCGCUGCUCAGGAGCUUCGGGCCAGGUACAGCAAGGUUGACUUUUUGUAUCUGAAUGCUGGAAUUAUGCCAAAUCCGCAAGUGGACUUCAAGGCACUUUUUAAAGGUCUUUUUUCCAGGAAUGUCAUCCAUAUGUUUGCAACAGCUGAAGGUCUUCUGACUCAGCAGGACCGGGUUAACUCUGACGGGCUCCAAGAGGUUUUUACGACUAACCUUUUCGGUCAUUUUCUAUUGAUUAGAGAGCUGGAGCCGCUGCUUUGCCAGUCUGAUCAUACAUCCAGUGUCAUUUGGACAUCUUCUAGUAAUGCCCGGAGAUCUGCCUUCAGCUUGGAGGAUAUCCAGCACAAAGAGGGGAAAGAGCCCUAUAGCUCCUCUAAGUAUGCCUCGGACCUGCUCAGUCUGGCUCUGAACCAGCACAUGAACAACCAGGGCCUGUAUUCGUCUGUUGUAUGUCCUGGUAUGGUGAUGACAAAUCUGACUUAUGGUAUUCUGCCCCCUUUCUUUUGGACAUUAAUCAUGCCAAUAAUGUGGUUGAUAAGGCUAUUCACCAAUACAUUCACUAUAACUCCAUUUAAUGGGGCUGAAGCACUGCACUGGCUGUUCCUUCAAAAACCUCAGAGUCUAGAUCCCAGAUCGAAGUACCACAGUUUAACAUCAGGCUUAGGAAAAAACUAUACACAACCUCGAAAAAUGGAUGUGGAUGACUUGAUGUCCAAGACUCUUUAUUUGGACCUUAUUGAACUUGAAAAAGAAGUCAGAAGAGAUCUGUGA